AUGACUGACUCGCAGCCUACCGCUGGCGCGCUCGACGCUGCCACUACCUCGCGCUUUGGCGACUGGCCCGCUACCAAAGUGCGAGACACCUUCACCGGCUACUUCCAGGAGCGCAAACACACCUUUGUCCCUUCCUCUUCUACUAUUCCCUACGAUGACCCAACGCUUCUCUUCGCCAACGCCGGUAUGAACCAGUACAAACCCAUCUUCCUUGGCAUUGCAGACCCCAACUCGUCGUUCGGCUCCAUGAAACGAGCUGUCAAUUCGCAAAAGUGCAUCCGUGCAGGUGGUAAGCAUAACGACCUCGACGACGUUGGCAAGGACACCUACCACCAUACCUUUUUCGAAAUGCUGGGCAACUGGUCGUUUGGCGAUUACUUCAAGAAGGAGGCUAUUGAGAUGGCUUGGGAGCUGCUCACCAAGGUCUACGGCCUGCCCAAGGACCGCCUCUACGUCACCUACUUUGAGGGUGAUGCCAAGCAGGGCCUCGAACCCGACCUGGAAGCGCGCGACCUUUGGCUCAAAGUUGGCGUCGAUGAGGACCACAUCCUCACCGGUGAUGCCAAGGACAACUUUUGGGAGAUGGGCGCUACUGGUCCGUGCGGACCAUGCUCCGAGAUUCACUAUGACAGGAUCGGCGGUCGCAACGCCGCCGACUUGGUCAACAAGGACGACCCCAACGUCAUCGAAAUCUGGAACAACGUUUUCAUGCAGUUCAACCGAGAGGAUGACGGCUCGUUGCGGCCCUUGCCUGCCAAGCACAUCGACACGGGAAUGGGCUUCGAGCGUCUUGUCUCGAUCCUGCAGGACAAGCCCUCCAACUACGACACCGACGUCUUCACCCCCAUCUUUAACAAGAUCCAGCAGCUCACCGGCGCCCGUGCUUACACGGGUAAGCUGGGCGCAGAGGACAAGGACGGUAUCGACACUGCCUACCGUGUGGUUGCCGACCACGUCCGAACCUUGACCUUCGCCAUCUCGGAUGGAGGUGUGCCCGACCGUGACGGCCGUGGCUACGUUCUGCGUCGUAUCUUGCGUCGAGGCACGCGCUACGUGCGCAAGUACUUCCAGGUGCCCAUUGGCUCCUUCUUCUCGCAGCUCGUGCCAACGCUCGUCGAACAGAUGGGCCACUUCUUCCCCGAGAUCACCAAGAAGGUGGACGACGUCAAGGCGAUCCUCGACGAGGAGGAGGCCUCCUUCGCCCGCACCCUCGACCGCGGUGAGAGGCUCUUUGAGGAAUACGCCGCCAAGGCUAAGGCCGCUGGCAACAAGCAGCUCAGCGGCAAUGACGUCUGGAAGCUGUACGACACUUUCGGUUUCCCCGUCGACUUGACGCUCAUCAUGGCCGAGGAGCAAGGUCUCGGUGUCAACGAAAAGGAGUUUGAGGCUGCCCAGGCCGAGUCCAAGGAGAUCUCCAAGGCUGGUGGUAAAAAGGGCGAGACCGAAGCCGUCAAGUUCGACGUCCACGAUCUCGGCCAUCUCGAGAAAGACUCGUCUGUGCCCAAGACGCAGGACGACUUCAAGUACGGCGUCAACACGGUCAAGGCGAGCGUCAAGGCCAUCUACCAAGAUCAUGCGUUUGUCGACAAUACCAGCAAGAUUGGCGACCGCGCCAAGAACUUUGGUAUUUUGCUCGACCGCACCUGCCUCUACGCCGAGAGCGGUGGUCAACAGGCCGACACGGGCUCGAUCGUCAUCGACGGCAAGACGGAAUUUGUGGUCGAAGACGCCCAAGUGUUCUCUGGCUACGUGCUGCACAUUGGUCACCUGAAGCAUGGCGAGCUUGGCCUGAACGACGAGGUUGUCGUUUCGUACGACCAGAGCCGACGUGGACCAUUGCAGUCGAACCAUACAGCUACGCACAUUCUCAAUUUUGGGUUGCGCGAGGUGCUUGGCGACCAUAUUGACCAGAAGGGUUCGUUGGUUGCACCUACCAAGCUUCGUUUUGACUUUUCGCACAAGCAGGGCGUCAACGUGCAAGAGCUCAAGAAGAUCGAAGAUAUCUCGAUCGACUGGAUCAAGCGUGACGUGGGCGUCUACUCGAAAGAAAUGCCUCUCGACACUGCUCAAAAGAUCCCCGGUCUGCGCGCCGUGUUUGGCGAAGCCUACCCGAACCCUGUCCGCGUUGUUACGCUCGAGUACGACCUUGACACGAUCGCGGAUGACAUUGAGAACACCAAGUGGCGCGGCACGUCGGUCGAGUUCUGCGGCGGUACUCACGUUGCCAAGACGGGCGAGAUUGGCGAGUUUGUGAUCACGGAAGAGUCUGGUAUUGCCAAAGGCAUUCGACGUAUCAUUGCAGUUACCGGUAACGAAGCUGCUGCUGUGACCAAGGUGGCGGACGACGCCGAAGUUCGACUUGCCGAGAUCGAUGCGAUUCAAGAGCAAUCUGCCAAGGAUGCAGCGCUCAAAGCUUUCGGAACGCAGCUUGCGCAGCUCGACAUGAGCGUUGUGCGCAAAGCGUCGCUCAACGAAACUUUUGCUGCCAUCCGAAAGAAACUGGACAGCGGACUGAAGGCCAAAGACAAAGCCGACACAAAGUUGGUCGUUUCCGCUGUCGAAGAGCAUUUCAAGACGAAGCCCAAUUCGACUUGUUUCAUCCACAAGUUUGACGUAGGAUCCAACAUGAAAGCUCUGCAAUCGGCCUUGAACACGGUGAAAAAGAUGGACAAGACCGCCUACCUUUUUUCGCAGGAACUCGAUGUCAAUGGUGUCAAAGUGGCCGAUGGAAACGCGAUCAAGGCCAAGGUGGUCCACGUGGCGUACGUGAGCAAGCACGAUCAGGCCAAAGGUUUGAAUGCAAAAGAGUGGAUCGAAACCAGUGCUCAGCACGUCGGUGGUAAGGGUGGUGGAAAGACCGAUUCGGCUCAGGGUAUUGGUGAGAUGGGCGGUCAAGCCCUCGAGGAUGCAGUGGAGGCUGCCAAGAGGUUUUACAUUCUAAAGUGCGAGGAAAGCGCCAUGCCUUUGCAGUAG